UUUGGACCAAAGAUUGUAAUCGGAAUUCCAAGUGUAAUUGUGAUUCUAAUCAUCAAAUUGCGAACAAGGCACCUAUCGGUGUUUGAUGCAAUUGAGAAUUUCCUCAGCGCCGAUAAUAAUCUCUUGCCCAUAAGAUACUCUUACAGACACAUUAAGAAUAUGACAAAGGGCUUCAAGGAGAAGUUGGGUGAAGGGGGCUAUGGUUCUGUUUACAAAGGUAAACUUCGAAGCGGCAGCUAUGUUGCGGUGAAGAUAAUAAACGAGUCCAAGUCUAACGGCCAAGAUUUCAUCAAUGAAGUUGGUUCCAUGGGAAGGAUUCAUCAUGUUAACAUUGUUCGACUUGUCGGAUAUUGUGCACAAAAUUCUAAGUGUGCUCUUGUGUAUGAUUUUAUGUCUAAUGGAUCUCUUGACAGGUAUAUUAACCAAGGAGCUAAUGCAAGUUUGUUGAAUUGGCAAAGAAAAUUUGAGAUUGCAGUGGGAGUAGCUCGUGGGAUUGAGUACUUACACCGAGGCUGUAACAUUCAAAUUUUGCAUUUUGACAUCAAGCCUCAAAAUAUCCUUUUGGACCAUAAUUUCGUUCCAAAAAUAUCUGAUUUUGGCCUUGCAAAACAUUUUCCGGUUGACAAAAGCAACGUCACGCUUACUGCAGCCCGUGGAACAAUUGGGUAUGUAGCGCCAGAGUUGGUCAAUAGAUGCAUCGGAGCCAUUUCUCACAAGGCUGAUGUAUAUAGCUUUGGAAUCUUUGGAAUGCUAUUGAUGGAAAUGCUAGGCCUAAAGAGAGCACCGAUUAGUAAGCAAGACGAGUCGAGUCAAUAUUUCCCGUCUUGGAUUUACAAUGACAUCAACAAGGGCAAGGAAAUUGAGAUGGGAGAAGAAGAUGAGGAAGAGAAGAGAAUUACAAAGAAGAUGACCAUAGUUGGGCUUUGGUGCAUCCAAACAAGCCCAAUUCCACGGCCUUCAAUGAGUAGGGUGGUUGAAAUGCUUGAAGGAGACGUUGAGCUGUUGCAAAUGCCAACGGACACUUUCCUUUGGGAACCCGUUAUGAAAGUAGAUAGUGAACAGAGUUCCACGCCAGAAUCAUCUGAAUCCAUACAAUUUUUGGCCAACUCUGUUAAUGCCCACAACAUUGAUAUAAUUGUGGAUUAA